AUGAUUGAGGGAAUAAUUUCAAACAGAUUUCAGGCGGAUUUUAGCGGAUCACCAGUGAUCAAUAACGAUCACUGGUUGUAUUGGGGUGAAGCAUUGCUCAACAACGAUGACCUUUAUGCUAAUGCUAACGUCAGAUUAAUCGAACAAACCGAAUUUUUGGACGAUGAAACGUUCGAAGCGCUGUCUGGUGCGAAUGAGGAAUAUGCGAAACGUGCAACCAGAUUGAAAUUGGAAAGUGCUGAUAAAUUGAUGUAUAUUUGUAAGGAGCAGCUAGGUCUUGAAGCUGAAUUUGCUCAUCAAAUACUGCCAGAAGGUCGUUGUUCAGUGGAUGGUUUUGUUUUCGUGUACGAUGUGUCGACAGUAGAAGGCCGAUCGUUCGAGAUGCAGUCCAACUUUGCACUCAGCACUCUGCAAAUGGCCAUCAAAACGAAGAAACCGAUUGCAAUUGCCGCAUCGAAAAUGGAUUCUGCAGAUGAGAACGGCAAAAAAGCAUUGCAGAGGUUGUUGGCACGAAAGGAACUGAAGUCAUCCAAUAUCCCAACGGUGGAAGUGUCCGCGUUUGCAGACGUCAACGUCACAAAUCUGUUUGCAAUGGUGACAUCAUUGGUUGAAAAGUGGAAAGUGAAGCCGAAAUUGUUGACUUACGUUGAUGCGUACAAUCAACAAAAGAGACGUGAACGAGAGAUAUGUGAACGUUACGUGGCUGUACUACGCGAGUUGAUGCCAGUGGAAAACUGGCCCCAACGUAAACCAACAUGGACGAAACUAUUGAGUCGUAUGGGAUUGGCACGCCAUAUCGCAUACACACAUUUCGUCUAUGUGUUCGGUCGUAUGGAAGCGAAGAAACUCUACCAGAAACAUGUGAAUGAAGCGCGUGAAAUCUGGAUGCAGCGAAGACUUCAAACCCAAACGCCUCGACUAACACGGGUUUUUGCUGAUCUAAUUGGUGCCGAGCGAGCAAGGACAAUGAAGUGGGUUGAUGCCAAGGAGGCAAUCUGUAGUCAUCCGUUAUUCGAUGAGUACUUUCAACCACUUGGCACGCUGGCCGCCGAUCUCGACCCGUCUAGCCCUCAGGUUGAAAGGAAUCUGAACGAUUCGAGAAUUCCGGCCGAAUUGCUGCUGACGACUGAAGCCGAGCCUACCUAUUAUGAAUUCCAGAAACUAUUGAACGGUGAUAUAUUGGAGCAUGAACGUGGUGUUGCUCAAGUGAAGUGCGUUCGUGAAAAGGACACAACGUUUGAUGCGAUGAAAUCGCGAACGUUCGUUUAUUUGAUCGAUUCGAUCGACUCUCUGAAUGCCGUCAAACAACGACAACUUUCAUCGGUUCACUUCGGAUGCCCACCCAUUAUCGUUUUGCUCAAUAGGUCAACUGUGGAUGAUAGCACGUUGCAAUUUCUACAUCAGCAGUGCUAUCUGCUGGCCACGAAUCUCGGUGGUAUUUUUGUUGGUAUCGUAGUGCAUUCGAUGCCCACUGAAAUAGGAGCAUCUGGAAACGAAAUGACCGCUUUCUUUGAUUCUGAUCACUUGUCGCAUAUGUUGGAUGCAGCGUUCUCGAGUCAAAUCGACGGUCGUCGUUUAGAUGCACGAAUACAAUUGUCACUGAUGUGUGGUGAUCAAUUCCCCGCCCAAUGCGUUCUCAAUUCAUUAUUAUCAAUUACUACCAAUAUAACACCCUCGUCGUCCGGUGGAAUGGGAACGAUCGAAGUGCCGAUAGUAUCGUUGAAACGAAGCGCACUCAUUGAUUUACGUGCUUCAUCGUAUCAUUCAUGGCUGGUCUCUCGUGCACCGUUACCCAUUCAUGGACAUAUACUCGCCUAUAGUGCUCGUCGCCGUGCAUCGUUCGCUCAUGCGCGUGCAGCGGCGAAAAGUCUGUUGGAAACACCGAAUGCGUCGUCAGCAUCCAAGCCGUCGUCAGCCUCAUCUUCGUGCACAGCACCAGUACAAAUCCUUUUCAUUGCUGUCGCAGAUGUAACCGAUUUUUUCAAUGAUGAGGAAACCAAUGCGUUGCUAACAGAAGGUAGCGAGUUGGCCACCAAACUGUCCGCAUCAUUUGUGACUCUAUCACCAGAAAUCGCUGAACGUCUUCAUACGGUCACGUUUGUAGAGUUUUUUGAACGGGUCUUAUGUGCGCAACAUCACAUUGGCGUUGGGGUGCGAUCCAAUGCCGAUGGUGCUACAGGGUAA